GCGGGGAGGGGCUGGGCGGGCCGAGGCGGAGCCGGCGCCUCCGAGGCCGGGACGCUGCGGCCGCCGCUCCAGGCUCGGCUGCCGCCGCCGCCGCCGCGCUGUCCGCUGUGACACGAAGGACCUUUCAUCAUGAGCAACCCUUUCACGCAGAUCACGGAGCCAUUAGACUCCAACCAGCCUGAAAAGAAAUUCUUCAAUCUGAACAAACUGAAAGACGAAAGAUAUGAACGGUUGCCAUUUUCUAUUAAAGUCCUUCUGGAGUCAGCAGUCCGUAACUGUGAUGAGUUUCUAGUGAAGAAGGAAGAUGUUGAGAACAUCCUCAACUGGCAGGUGAUGCAACACAAGAAUGUCGAGGUGCCAUUUAAACCUGCACGAGUUAUUCUACAGGACUUCACCGGUGUACCUGCAGUGGUUGACUUUGCUGCAAUGCGUGAUGCUGUGAAGAAGCUUGGUGGAGACCCUGAAAAAAUCAAUCCCAUCUGUCCUGCUGACCUAGUAAUUGAUCAUUCCAUCCAAGUUGAUUUCAACAGGAGGACAGACAGUUUACAGAAGAAUCAAGAUCUGGAGUUUGAAAGGAACAAGGAGAGGUUUGAGUUCUUGAAGUGGGGCUCCCAGGCUUUCCACAACAUGAGGAUUAUUCCCCCAGGCUCGGGGAUUAUCCACCAAGUGAAUUUAGAGUACUUGGCAAGAGUGGUGUUCGAUCAGAAUGGGUACUUUUAUCCUGAUAGUGUGGUGGGCACUGAUUCACACACUACAAUGAUUGAUGGUUUGGGAGUGCUUGGCUGGGGAGUUGGUGGCAUUGAGGCAGAAGCUGUGAUGCUGGGUCAGCCAAUCAGCAUGGUGCUUCCUGAAGUGAUCGGUUACAAGCUGAAAGGAAAUCCUCAACCUCUUGUAACAUCCACUGACAUAGUGCUCACAGUUACAAAGCACCUUCGCCAGGUUGGCGUUGUGGGUAAAUUUGUGGAGUUUUUUGGGCCUGGUGUAGCCCAGCUGUCCAUUGCAGAUCGAGCCACCAUUGCCAACAUGUGUCCAGAGUAUGGAGCAACUGCUGCUUUCUUUCCAGUAGAUGAAGUUAGCAUCAGGUACCUGAUCCAAACGGGCCGUGAUGAAGAAAAAAUUAAGCAUAUAAAGACAUACCUUGAAGCGGUGGGAAUGUUUAGAGACUUCAAUAGAUCAUCUCAAGAUCCAGAUUUCACUCAGGUUGUAGAGCUGGAUCUCCAUACUGUCGUGCCUUGUUGUAGUGGACCCAAAAGACCUCAGGACAAAGUAGCCGUGUCAGACAUGAAGAAGGACUUUGAGACUUGCCUGGGAGCCAAGCAAGGAUUCAAAGGAUUCCAGAUUGCCCCUAAACAUCACAGUGACCGGGUGAAGUUUGUUUAUGAAGGCUCCGAUUUUGAGAUUACCCAUGGUUCAGUAGUUAUUGCAGCCAUUACCAGCUGUACUAAUACGAGCAACCCCUCAGUUAUGCUAGGAGCUGGAUUGCUAGCGAAGAAAGCUGUCAAUGCUGGUCUGACUGUCAAGCCAUACAUUAAAACUAGCUUGUCCCCAGGAAGUGGAGUAGUGACUUACUAUCUGAGGGACAGUGGAGUAAUGCCUUACCUUUCUCAACUAGGGUUUGAUGUUGUGGGUUAUGGGUGUAUGACCUGCAUUGGGAACAGUGGACCUCUACCAGAGCCUGUUGUUGCAGCCAUCACUCAGGGAGACCUCGUAGCUGUGGGUGUGUUGUCUGGAAACAGGAAUUUUGAGGGUCGCGUCCAUCCCAAUACGCGUGCCAAUUACCUAGCCUCACCACCACUGGUGAUAGCUUAUGCUAUUGCAGGGACUGUAAGGAUUGACUUUGAGAAAGAACCUUUGGGAGUAAACGCAGAAGGAAAUAAGAUUUUUCUAAGAGACAUUUGGCCAACAAGAGAUGAGAUCCAGGCUGUUGAACGUCAGUAUGUUAUUCCUGGGAUGUUCAAGGAAGUCUACAAGAAAAUAGAGACAGGAAAUGAAUCCUGGAAUGCCUUAGAUGCCCCAUCAGAUAAAUUAUAUACUUGGAAUCCCAAGUCUACAUAUAUAAAGUCUCCCCCUUUCUUUGAAAACCUGACUUUGGAGCCUUCCUCUCCUAAAUCUAUAGUAGAUGCCUACGUCCUGCUAAAUUUUGGAGAUUCUGUGACAACUGACCACAUAUCUCCAGCUGGGAAUAUAGCAAGGAACAGCCCUGCUGCCCGUUACUUAACCAGCAGAGGUUUGACUCCUAGAGAAUUCAACUCUUACGGCUCCCGCAGAGGUAAUGACGAUGUCAUGGCCAGAGGAACAUUUGCCAACAUUCGCUUGUUAAACAAAUUCAUCAAUAAACAGGGACCUCAGACCAUCCACUUUCCUUCUGGGGAAACUCUUGAUGUGUUUGAUGCUGCUGAGAGGUAUAUGCAGGCUGGCCAGCCCCUCAUCGUGCUGACUGGUAAGGAAUAUGGCUCAGGAAGCUCUCGGGACUGGGCAGCAAAGGGACCUUUCCUGCUGGGCAUCAAAGCUGUCAUUGCUGAGAGCUACGAGCGAAUUCAUCGCAGUAACUUAGUAGGAAUGGGGGUGAUUCCCUUGCAAUACCUGCCUGGGGAGAAUGCUGGGACUCUAGGCCUCACUGGACGGGAACGCUACACAAUCGUCAUUCCUGAAGAACUCAAACCAAGGAUGAAUGUCCAGAUCAAGCUGGAUACUGGGAAAACCUUUCCAACCAUCAUGAGAUUCGACACUGAUGUGGAACUCACUUAUUUCCACAAUGGCGGCAUUUUGAACUACAUGAUUCGCAAAAUGGCAACCUAAUCGAAGCAACACUGAGCACACGUCCAGACAGAAGCCUCAUAAUCACAACUUUAGAAGCCUAAACUGAAAUGGUCUCCUUGUGGAUUAUAUUAUCAAGGAGCUCAUUUACACUCUUAGGCCAUGUCCAGACGAACACGGCUGUGCAGUAUGUGGUGCCACAAACACAUCUGCGGCACCACAUACCCCACAUUCAGUUGUUCUCCAUGCUGCAAGGGACCAGCACAGAGGGUUUUUUGACCCCUGGAUAUCCAGGGGUCAAAAAAACCCAUGGAGUAGAAAAGCAGAGUGGCACAUGAAGGGGCAGUGAGCGCCAGUCAAAAGUGGAGCUGGGCUACACAGAGCCACACUGCAGGUGCUGGCCAGGCUUCAUGUGGCAGAAUCACCGCUGCUGCAGCCCUGGGAGGCCCCCAGGUAAGACUGCCUCCUGUACUACCCCCACAGGAGCCUGCCACAUGCCAGAGCAUGUGUGCCAUGGGCAUUCCCCAGGGACAACAAGUAGCAGCACACCGUACACCUUUGCUAGUUGUCCCUGGGGAAUCAAAUGUCCACACCACGUGUGAACGUGGCCUUAGGUAUCCAGUUUCUUGACAUUAAAAAUCCUCUUAUCUUCCCCAGUUAAAUUUCUUAUUAUUAUUGUUUUGUAUGGUGGCUGGACUGAUGAACUGUUCUAGUAUAUGGAGGUUAAUUCAAAAACAGUGCUGGAAUCUGUGGAUCUGUUAAGUAUUGAUUGCUGAUUUGUAUAUUCAGUCCAUCUAGGGUUAGACUCUGUCACCAAACAGCUUCUUUCAGUGUUCCAGAAAUUAACUGACAGUGCAAACUGGGGGUUUUCUCCUUUUCUGAUUUUGGACUAAGCAUCAAACCCUGACUUGCUUUUUCUUGCUUUUAUAGAAGUUGGCCGGAAUCCCUUGGAGUCUAAUGCUGAAAUGUAUUAAAUGGCUUAGCUGUUAUGAAUUACAAAAAAAUGUGAACUUUGUUCCUUUGAAGUCUGAGCACAAGCUUUUAUGAAAGUGUGGGUCUCUUUUGUGGGGCAGGGAAGGGGGCAGGAAAAAAUUUCUAACUAAUGAAAUUAAAUCUAUUUUCAAAAAUAA